CUGAGAAGCCUUUAAAAGCAACACAAUGUACAUUUCCAUCGCACCAACAGAUCACAACUUUGCAAGCAUCCAGCAAUCUGCUGCUUCAAGAUAUAUAGACGGCCACGGCCUUGCCGGCCCGCGGCGGUGGGGAAACCAUGGCGCACGCCGAUGAUGCCGCGGCCGUGCCGCUGCUCGCCUCGCCGGCAAAGGCCGCCGGCGACAAGCCGCCGCGCCGGAACAUGUACGCCUUCUCCUGCGCCACGCUCGCCUCCAUGACCACCAUCCUCAUGGGAUACAACCUGGCGCUGAUGAGCGGCGCGCAGCUGUUCAUCCGGGAGGACCUCGACCUCUCCGACGCGCAGAUCGAGGUGCUCGCGGGCUCCAUCAACGUGUUCAUGCUCGCCUCCAUCCUCGCCGCCGGCUGGGCGGCCGACGCCCUCGGCCGCCGCGGCACGCUCGUGCUCGCCAAUGUCUCCCUCAUGGCCGGCGCGCUCGCCAUGGCGCUCGGCGGCAGCUUCCCCGCGCUCAUGCUCGCGCGCUGCGUCACCAGCGUCGGAUCCGGCUUCUCCAUCGUCGUCACCUCCGUCUACAACGCCGAGAUCUCGCCGGCGUCCAUGCGCGGCUUCCUGUCGUCGUUCCUUGACAUGUUCAUCAGCUUCGGCUUGCUCCUCAGCUACGUGUCCAACUACGCUUUCGCCGGCUUGCCGGUGCACCUCGGCUGGCGCGUCAUGUACGCCGCCGGCGUGCUCCCGCCGGUGCUGCUGGCCGCCGGCGUGCUCGCCAUGCCGGAGUCGCCGCGGUGGCUCGUGAUGCGCGGGCGCCACGCCGAGGCGCGCGCGGUGCUCGUGCGCACCUCGGACACCCCCGCCGAGGCCGACCUCCGCCUCGAGGAGAUCAAGCAGCAGGCCGUCGUCGUCAGGGAGCCACAGGCCAGCGACGACGGCGGGGGCGGCAGCAGCGUCUGGAAGGAGCUGCUCGUCCGGCCGUCGGCGAGCGUGCGCCGGAUCCUCAUCUGCGUGGUCGGGGUGCACUUCUUCCAGCAGGCCUCCGGCAUCGACGCCAUCGUGCUCUACAGCCCGCUGGUGUUCCGGAAGGCCGGCAUGUCGUCGAACAAGGCCGUGCUCGGCGCCACCGUGGGCGUCGGGGUCGUCAAGAUGUGCUUCGUCCUGGUGGCCGCGCUCUUCUCCGACCGCCUCGGCCGGCGGCCGCUCCUCCUCGCCAGCACGGCGGGGGUGGCCGCGUCGAUGGCGUCGCUGGGGGCGGCGCUCAUCAGCGCCGGCGCGUCGUCGUUGCCCGCGAGCGUGGCGGCCACCGUCGCGUCGGUGCUGGCCUUCAUGGCGGCGUUCUCGGUCGGGCUUGGGCCGCUGGCGGGCACGUACAGCGCCGAGGUCAUGCCGCUGCGGCUGCGGGCGCAGGGCGCGAGCCUGGGCAUGGCGGUGAACCGGCUGACGUGCGCGCUGGUGAGCAUGACGUUCAUCUCGCUCGCGGACGCGAUCACCAUGCCCGGGUGCUUCUUCCUCUACGCCGGGGUGGCCGCCGCCGCGUGCGCGUUCGUGUACGCCCGGAUGCCGGAGACGAGGGGCCGGAGCCUCGAGGACAUGGACGAGCUCUUCGCCAAGUGAUCGAUCGUCGAUGGCUUCGAUCAUCGCUUGUGAGUUGUGACCGAGGCAGUGCAGAGUCAGUAUCUGGGUGUUCUGACGUUACCCGGCGGUUAUGCUACAAAUUUUGUGCGAAUUGACGCCAUUUUUGUUUUCAAAUUGGGACCUAAAACUGUCGAUUUACUUUAACCAGACGUAGCUAUUGGUGAAUUUCUCGCCUCUCUAUCACAUUUUGUACUCUCUUAUUAAUCCAGGAUUUAUUUUUUAAAAAAAUGAUGCUACCAUAGUAAGAACUUAAUAUACACUUAAAUGAUAAAUUUUUCA